AUGCGGAGCGGGUGGUUCAGGCAAAGAGCGCAGAGGUGCUCCGCCAAGAAUCGAAUUGCAGAGAGGAGGGGCCAGCCCGGCGGGUGGAGCAGGAGAGGCAGCCAGUUCUGCAUGCAGGAGUCCCAGGCAAAGAGCGCAGAGGCGAUGAACCCGGGCCAGGAGGAGAGGCGGCCAGUUUUGCAUGCGGAGCGGGUGGUUCAGGCAAAGAGCGCAGAGGUGCUCCGCCAAGAUUCGAAUUGCAGAGAGGAGGGGCCAGCCCGGCGGCUGGAGCAGGAGAGGCAGCCAGUUCUGCAUGCAGAGUCCCUUCAGGCAAAGAGCGCAGAGGCGAUGAACCCGGGCCAGGAGGAGAGGCGGCCAGUUUUGCAUGCGGAGCGGGUGGUUCAGGCAAAGAGCGCAGAGGUGCUCCGCCAAGAUUCGAAUUGCAGAGAGGAGGGGCCAGCCCGGCGGGUGGAGCAGGAGAGGCAGCCAGUUCUGCAUGCAGAGUCCCUUCAGGCAAAGAGCGCAGAGGCGAUGAACCCGGGCCAGGAGGAGAGGCUGGUUCAGGCAAAGAGCGCAGAGGUGUUUCGCCAAGGACUUGACUCGAAUUGCAGAGAGGAGGGGCCAGCCCGGCGGGUGGAGCAGGAGAGGCAGCCAGUUCUGCAUGCAGAGUCCCUUCAGGCAAAGAGCGCAGAGGCGAUGAACCCGGGCCAGGAGGAGAGGCGGCCAGUUUUGCAUGCGGAGCGGGUGGUUCAGGCAAAGAGCGCAGAUGUGCUCCGCCAAGAUUCGAAUUGCAGAGAGGAGGGGCCAGCCCGGCGGGUGGAGCAGGAGAGGCAGCCAGUUCUGCAUGCAGAGUCCCUUCUGGCAAAGAGCGCAGAGGCGAUGAACCCGGGCCAAGAGGAGAGGCGGCCAGUUUUGCAUGCGGAGCGGGUGGUUCAGGCAAAGAGCGCAGAGGUGUUCCGCCAAGUGCUUCAUUCGAAAUUCAGAGAGGAGGGGCCAGCCCGGCGGCUGGAGCAGGAGAGGCAGCCAGUUCUGCAUGCAGAGUCCCUUCAGGCAAAGAGCGCAGAGGCGAUGAACCCGGGCCAUUUGGAACCCCAGUGGCAGUGCUUGGAGCCGUCCCCGGAGUUUCCAGACUCACCAAAGUCAUCUCCGUCCAAGACGUCACUGCCCGCGGCACAGCCUUCGCCGCCGACUGCCACGGACAGCGCAGGCUCUCCCAGCGCUACACCGCCCGAGGAUUCUUGGGCCUUCUGGCGUUCCCUGCUGGGACCAGAGCUGCUCUGUGUCUGA